AUGGAUUUCACAGAGUACUGGAACAUUUUCUGGACACUGACAUUUGCCGUAACAUCCGUGGUUAUUACCAUCGGAAACCUUAUCACCAUUGUGAUAUUUUUGAAACAGAAACUUCGAAAACGCCCACACUUCCUACUGAUUAGCUUGGCCAUUGCGGAUCUUAUGGUCGGAGCCUUCGCUGUGCCUCUGUACAUUGCUAUUGGAAUUUGCACGACUAAACGUCUGUUGAUACUUUCAUUCCAAUGUGUUGAUAUUUUCACUGGAGUUUUAUCAAUAUUCACCUUGGCUAGCAUUUCAUUGGAAAGGAUGCACGCUGUUUUGUGGCCUUUACGCCAUCGAACGCUGACGUUGCGUUUCUACACGUGUGUUAUAGGUAUCCCUUGGAUCGUAGCUCAUCUUGGCAUUUUAGCCCGAGUCCUGCUUCAUUUUUAUAUCAUAUCGAAACUGGCUUUUGUUGUGAUCAUUAUCGUCUCUCUCACAAGCCCUCUUCUUUUCACAUGCGUUGCGUACUCUCUAAUGUGGAGGAAGCAAAAGACUCGUCUUCACCUGGCAAGAGAAGCACAUCAAGACGACUGUUUAACAAAAACACUUCUCAUAGUUUCCGGGUCAUUUGUCGUAACUUGGCUUCCAUUCCACAUAAUUAACAUUAUUGCUUCGUUUUGUACUCCGUGUCAAGGCUGGCCUUUUGUGGUUUUUCAUCUUAUGAAACUACUUCAGUUUGGUAAUUCUUUUGUCAACGUUGUCAUCUAUCCUUUAAGAAUUGCUGAAUUCAAGGAAGCUCUCUUUGAGAUGUUUCUUUACUGCCUCUGUCCAUCAAAGGCGCCUCCAAAACAAACUAGUGUCGAUCGAACAUCUGGUAAAAGUUCUUCAAGCAUCAAAAGCUCAAGAUAUCACAGUCAUGACGUCUCCAGACCCACCUUUGUGUAGGUCAGUGUAACAUUUACAAAACAAAUAAUAAAUACCCAUGGAUUACAUGCAGAUAAUGCACAAGUAUUGGAUGAGGUUUUUGUGAUAUCCGGAAUAAUCAAAUUAAUUCGAGGUAAGUGUCAUCAGCCUAGCCGAACGCCGAGGCUGAUAACACUUACGGAGACCUUGAUUAUUCCGGAUAUCACUAAAACAGAAUAUAAUAAUUGUUUUAUUAUACAAUUUUUUCAAGAAAAUAAUGACCAACACAGCACAUUGACAUUUUCAAAUUGAUCUUGAAAAUCAUGCAUUACGCGCAACCUACAGAUUAUGAUUUCCAAAAUUUACAAUUAGCCAAUGAGAAAACAGACAGUGCGAGUACAAUGUUUAAUAACAAUAAUAAUAAUAAUAAUAAUAAUAGUAAUAAAAAAUAAUAAUAACAACAAUAAUAAUAAUAAUGAUAACAAUAAUAUAUUAAUUAUUCAUCCUUAGCUGUUAACCUCUAUAUACUGAGAGUUUAGAGUUUAGCAUAUGCUUAUGAUCAAGUCUGAAUAUUAAAAGUUCACAGCAAAAGUAACCAUCUCUAAAAUUUUGAGCACGAUAUGUAGAAAUUCUGUUUCCAAAACGGGAAAGUAUGUCUCUGUUUUUCUUAUUGCCACCCAAUAAUUUCAGUUACAGUAUGAGUUCGCUUAUAAGAAACUGCCCUUUGUCAAGAGAGAUCAAGGAGGUUCUUAUAUAUGGGUUACAGUGAACCUAUGAUAAACAUUUUAACCGAGAAAUUUCACGUUUGAGAUAACACUACACGAACAUUCUGCAAUCAGUUUGGUUAACAUUUUAUAAUACAGUUGUGAAUACCACACUAAGGUUGUACUGAUAUUUUUCUGGCAGUCAACGACUCUACUUAACAGAAAUUAAAAACCUAAUCGAGAACCAAAUUAGCCUCAUUUGCCUAAACUGUUUCAAAAUACAAGAACCUUUUUCUCCAGACAUGCCGGUCUUUUACUGAGUUGUUGAUAAUUCCAUACUUAAUUUGAAAAGAUUGCUUAAAGAAUACGUAAACGGGCUUCUUCAACUUGUCAUUUCAUUUCAUUCAUUUCGAAUUUACAAUUUUAUAUUUUUACUACCCAGAAAAAGCAAAAGUUAGUUUUGGUGGACAUUAUCUAUACAGAAAAUAAAUAAAUAAUAAUAAUUAUUAUAAUAAUAAUGAUAAAUAAGUAAAUUAAAAACAAUCGCACCCGGAAUUGUAUUGAAUUGAUCAUAUAUAACGAUUUAUAUCAAAGAAGAGUUAUUUUUAAUAUAAAUGUAAUAUAAAGAGGAGGGAAGAUAAAUUGAGUCGAACAAUGCUGAGGUUAACCGGAAUACGCUUAAUGUCAAUCAGAAAUACAGGUACACUUUUAAGACGAUUGCAAAUGAGUGGGUGACCUUCAAUAUGUUCCAUUUUUGCCAAUUAGGUUGGUAGAUUAGGAUAGUCGUCUGUAUUAAUGAAAGGAAGAGUAUCUGCAAGGAAAAACAUCUGUUUUUGAAACAGUGCUGAGAAAUAGGCAAAAGUUUUGAAGAAAGUCUUCGAGGAUGUUAACCUUGUCAAGAACUUAGAAAUAGUUCGCUAUGAACAAAAUAAUAAACUGACAAUCAUUGAAUUUGGCUUUCGUUUGUAUCCUUGAUCUCCAUAAUUCUUCACAUCUUACUCAGCCUCGUGCAAUAAUUGCUAAUUAUUAUUCAUUCAAAAUACUUCCCCAAUUCUGAUUGGCUAAAAGCACACGCAUAAUUCACCAUAACCAGUUACCGGUGACCAAAUUUUGGAAGGAUUUUGUGUUUAACGAGGAAAUGACGUCAAAAAUGCAUCCCGCUACAGGUUAAGGCAACGUUAACCGAGAAGACCUGGGAACGAGGUUGAGUUGUUUUGGUUGUGAAAAAAAAAUGGCGGACAUUUCACCCGUUUCAAGAGUAAGAACUACAGCUGGAACUAGGCGAAAUAAUAGCUAAAAACAUGGCAUAAACAGCAAGAAGACAACUCGGAGGGAGACAUCUGCUAUUUAGAGAAUAUUUGGGGAGCUGGACAAACCUAAACUUACAGUAUCGAAGAUGAACUUAACAUCGAUGCAAAAACUGGUUGGUGUUCCUUUGCCAGCGGUCCGCAGCUCUACAGCUUAGUUUUUGAAAUUUGACAAAUGAAUUAAUGUGGAUGUGGAGAAACUCAAAUAACAGAAAAGGUUUCAUUUCUCUGUAUAGAAAAAGGAAAAAUGUUGAUUGAAACCUCCUUUGGUGGAAAAAGUCGAAACCCAUUGUUUUGCCGGACAGCUAUAUUAUAUUUCAAAUUUUAUUUCAUUUUCUAAUUUCCAAGUGGCGAUAAAGACGAAGAAUUGAAAAUAGGCCAGUGACUUCAACGGAGCAGAAAAAAGCGUAUCAGCUCUGUCUCGUUAAUUGCAAAAAAGGACAGUAAAAUUUUCUAUAACACAGUAUAUCGAAUUAAAUUUACUUAAUUAAAAACUCAGAGAAAAAUAAACAGUCUAAUUUAAUCAAAUAAGUCAGAAAUUUAUCGUUCACCUCAUAAUAUUGAUUAAGUUUUCCAAAAUUCUUUUUUCUUAAGAAUAAAACAGUUGCUGUGGACUCAGUUGUCGAUACCUUUGACAACGGGCUUGGCAAAAAAAUCCUUCUGCUGCAGGAAAAAAAUAUUUUUGGCCGCCGGUGUUAAUAUUUUAUAACAUGUUCUUGCUAUGGACUCUAUAUCCAGUUCGUAUUAUGUGACCUACAUUUCUUCUGAUGGUGUGGUAUUUCAAAUGUAAUUAUGUCAAUAAAUUCUUUCCAAAAUAUUGCACUCGAGAACGUCGACGCCGCUAAAACUUUAGAUGCUGAUUCAGUGUCGGAACAGCGUUUUAACAAUACUCGUUUAUAUAUCAAAAGAUUUUUUGAGUUGAUUCGGAAGAAGUCUCCUCAGCUUUUGCUAAAGGUGAGGAGUGUUUUUAAUCGAAAGCAGGACAAGAAAAUGAAAAGAAAAAUAUCAGUCUCCCAGCAUUCGUGGUGAUUUAUAAUAACUUUACUCUGUGUUUCCCUCUCUAAAAGCAAUGAAUCGGCGGAAAAAAUUCGAUUUGUUUAACGAAUCGAAUGUGAGGAGAUUGUGUCUUGAUUAGUUAUUUUGUUUUAUUCCUGGCCAUGUCUUCAGUAUUUGUGCGGCACGCCGAUGCUUCACAGAUUUAAUUUUAAAAAAAGUUAGCUUUCCAUACAAUUCUCUGUAGAAGUCGCAAAAUUUGGGCUUGGACAUUUUAAGAAAAUAAAUGUCACUGUCAAGUUUAAAAAUCGCUGUCAGUGAUCGUCAUGACCAAUCUGUAGACGAUCACAGUUUCUGUUAUUUCAAGAGCCAUAAUUAUGGCUCUUGGUUAUUUUGGCUACCCGUAUACUAAAGUAAUAUUCAGGGCCCCCGCAGGGGAGGGGUUGGGUUAUCGACUGUUAUCGAUAAUUAUCGAUUAUCGAUUGUUAUCAAUUUUGCCAAUCGAUAAAAAUCGAUAAUUUUUUCUGUGAGUUCGAUUGUUAUCGAUUACCGAUAUUAAUCGAUAGCAAUCGGCGAUUGAUAUCGAUUGAUAUCGAGUGUAUCGAUUCAUUUUCGAUAUCGACUUCUAUCGAUUGACUACGCCUGGGUUCAGUGCUCCAACAAUACUUAUGAGCCACAAAGAGAGAACAGAGAAAUUUGCCUUGCCGACGUAGCAAAUAGAUAUGCUGAUCAUAACUGGUGACUGCAAUCGGAAACAAAAUUUCGGUAAAUUUAGAGUCUACCCUCCCCACCCCCCCAUUUUUACAUAGGUGGUCAUCGACUCCCGCACUUAAAAAAAUGCUCCCUGGGCCCUGAUAUUAUUCCAGAAGAGAUAGAAUUUUACAUCGAAAGUGACAGACCUGUUUCUUUAAAACGCCAGAUUACUUAUUCUAUAAGAGAAAAUAUUGUUUUCUUACUUGUCAGAUUAAAGUAUUUCCUGGUGAAGUACAAAAAGGAACCAUUGUAUGUGGUAGUAUUGUCGGUAAAAAAAGAACCAAUUGUCAGGAAAACGGCUGCAGAGUUAUAUUUACAUUGUAAUCAGGCUAAAUAGUUGAUUUUUCUUCUCUAUUUCCAGUCAGACAAUCCAAUAAACACACUGGUGACGAUUAAAAAUAAUGGAGUUUGAUUCUUGGAACAUCCUCUGGAGUAUAUGUUUUGGGAUAGUCGCAUUUCUCAUAAUUGUUGGAAACGCCUUCACCAUUUUCAUAUUUUCCAAACGAAAGCUUCGAAAGCGACCUCACAUUCUCUUGAUUAAUUUGGCAAUCGCGGAUUUACGCUUGUCUUUAAAGAUCAGGAAGCGACACAAGUCCUUAGGCGUCACUGUCGCGAGAGUAACAAAACCCGGCAGAGCACCAAGAAAAGCCUCAAGUUCCCUCUGAAGAGAAUCCUUCUGCUUUUUAUAACUGGUUGCCUGAUCGUAGUGAAGUAACUGCUGCAACCGCACCUCAAUCCCAUCAAGGUCAACGAUAACAUCAGAGUGUUCCUUGACAAGCGUUGUCAUAACCUUCGCUUGUAGCCACAACGUUGACAAAAACGGAAGUCAAAAUCAUUAGCGUGUCCACAGGCUGGGCAUUUAACCGACUGACAAACAGCUUUGCCAUGACUGGAAGCUCCUACAAACCAGAAAAGAAGAACCUAUCAUACACCACAAACCAGUAGCACAACAGAUCAAAAUGUAUGCCAAGACACACCUAAAACACACUGCAAAACCCAGAGAUCUCCAGGAAUGCCCUUGUGAGGCAGCCACCCCUUUUGACGGGACCAAGAGAGCGUUGCCAUCGCCACGAACAGCCAGACAUCUACUCUUUACAGCUUUAUUCAUAAGGAGAGGCCAUCAGUACUUCUUGGGAAACACGUCCAGCACCAUUACUGUGCACGACUGUUUAAAACUCUGUAGAAAUUUUAAGACAGGUCCCGUUAAAGCCAUGGGAGGAAAAAAACAUACGGUCUGGGCCAUAAGCGCUCUGAGGGAAGCAAGGUCCUGUGUGAAGAGAUUUACACCAGACGAUCCGGGAGAGGGAAUCGGCGUAAAAUGAGGGAGAGAAUACCCGUGCGCAUCCGUCAUACUAUUCGAAUCCAAGGCCAUAAGGUAGCAAGUAUGGCCUUCCCUACCACCAAACUCCUUCUGAACAAUCUGCCACAAGCCAUCCGACAAUUUACUAUCUCAGUGGGACAGGCGCCUUGAUGGAGCAUCAGCAGGAUUCUGACCAGUCGGAAUGUAAGACAUGUGCAGAGAUAAGCUAAGCUUCGACGUUGUGAAGAAAAGCCGUUUCAAUGCCAUAUUAAGCUCCAAGCUUCUACCACCCUGGUUGUUCCAAGCCUCGACAACGGCCUUAUUGUCAACAAAAGCAUCAACUCUAGCAUUGAACAGUACUGCCAAUACUCGAAAUGGUUAUGCAAUUCUGCAGCUCGAAAACAAUGUGGGUCACGGAACAAUAACUCCGAAAUAUCACCAAUUAACUCUCCCCUCUGUAUUCUCUGUAAUCUAACACGGUCACAGGCUGUCACUUCUCCACUGACCUCGACGGGGUUACCGAAACAAUCGACCCAGGACAUUGGAAGCUCAAUUUCUUUGCCUUGUAACUCCUGAAGUCGAAGAUCAAAGGAGUCAGAUUUUUCCCAACACCACAUGUUUCCCUAGGAAAAAAGGGGGUAGUGAAGACACCUUUAAAUUGAAUUGCGGAAAAAUCUAAGACCAUAUUAAAAUCAUCCCCGUCAAAGUCAGCAGAGAAAUAACAGCUAAGACCAGCGAGGUUGGAGGGCCCUUGUCUCAAGGAUACCCCUUUUUCAAAGUCGUUAUAACUAUGUUGACAAAAUAGACAGAGUAAAAUAUGCACUAGAUUGAUUCAAUGCACACAAAAGUUUGUUUAUUAUCGCAAAGAAUUAAGCAAUAUUACAACACACAGCCUUGUCCAGGCGGCCUCAACCUAUAACACCGGUGCGAACUAACGAGAUCUAAACACAAGCUACUUGUCUGAUUUGGGAUCCGUUUUCCUCUGCUUGGACUUCAAAUCAGGACAAUCAGCUUUGAUAUGACCUCGCCUAUGACAAAAAUAACAUAGACGAGACGGACGUGCCACACCAGCACCCCUGUUGUCGUUCGCUUGAGGCUUCUUGCGAUUUGACUUCUUUUCUACUUUAGAAACGAUAUCCAGGACCCUCUCGUGGUCCUUGUCUCCUAAUAGGCGCAUAACAAGGUCCUUGAAGUGGUCCUUCGACAACUCCACCUUUUCCCUCGCCGACUGAUGAACGAGCCGAUAGUAGUUCUUCCUGUCAUGAUUACGGUCAGCGGCCUUGUUAUGCAGAGUCUCCAACAUCUCAAGCACCUCAUACUUGUUAAACUCUGUCAACGGGCGGGAAGCAUAAGCCAAUAUCUGUUCCACGAGCUUCUCAGGCGACGCGUUGGUUUACUGCCUCCACUGACUGCUUUAACUGUCUCACCUCCUCACGCAAUCUCUGCAAAGGAACAAAGAGAAAGUUAUGCAUAAAAAACCUCAUUACAGGCCUCGUGAAAAACAAAAAACAUCACGUAACUUCUCGCGUUACCAUGUAUAAACAUCCUUUCAAAGGAGAAAAUACAAGUAAGACGACCUAGCAAAAAACGAUGACCCAUUAUCAUAACUCAUAACAAACAUCCAAAGGCCCAUCAGCCGAAGGAAAAGACAAAACACAAAUGGUCACCAUUGUAACCAUCCCACGACCGCAAAAAUGAAGGAAAUACAACAGAAGAGAUGUCACCGCCGAACAAAACGGCCACGUUUGUACAACAUCCACAGCGAAAGUAAACGCCCAACGCUGGUCCGUCAACCAACCAGAACAAACCUGUACGGUUUGUAACCAUCCCACGACCAAAAGGCCGAAGAAAAUACAAACAAGCGAGAUUCAGCAAGAGCCAGACGCCGACUAAUCCGUCAACAGCCACCGCCGAACAAAUUCGUACGGUUUUGUAACCAUCCAACGACCACAAAGGCCGAAAGAAGAGCGAAAUAUUAGUUCGUUAACUAGCCACGCGGAAUAGCCCGACAAUCGUCCAGAUAACAGGCCGCGAUCGGGCCAAAAAAAAAAAAAGUAUUUCCUGGUGAAGUACAAAAAGGACAUUAACAUUCUGGUUGCCAUCCGGUGAUUCUCAACCGGCGGAUUCACAACCAGCGGGUUCACGACCGGUGGAUUGGCUCUACAGGAUCGACAAGUAACUGAAAGAGGUUGACCAGCCAUUCGUCCAGAAAAUCGCGUGGGUCGUAUCUUCCAAAAGGUUGGUUAAUUGUUGGAAACGUAACAACAACUAAACAUCACCAAAUUAAAAAUUUUCAAACGCUUUUAGCCAAAUUUUCCAGGGAAAACGAAAGCUUUAUUGUAAUUAGGAAUUUGUAACGGGUAUCAUAAUUGUUGGGAUUUUAAUGGUUGGUUUGGAUUUAUUGGUUUGGUAAUCCUUUUCCCAUCUUCGUGACAUUUCACAACAGUUAUAUGACACGUUUACUACUUCUUGUUUUUGACUGUGCUGACAUGCUAGUGGGCCUGGCAUCUGUUUUCAUAAUUGCUGUUAUAUCGUUGGAGAGGAUGCAUGCUAUUGGGAAGCCACUCCGUCAUCGCUUUCUCAGCUCUCGGGCUUACCUUUUAGCGAUUGCUACCCCAUGGUUCCUAGCUGCAUUGGUUUCAUCUUCGAGACUUCUUUUGAAUUAUUCUAUCAUUGCUCGUCUACAUUUUGUUGCUAUUGUCAUGGUCUCUCUGACUACUCCUCUGCUCAUCACAAUUUUCUGUUACGGCUUUAUUUGGAAAACUCUAAAAGCUCGAUUACCAAAUCCACAUAGAAAUACAAACGAUGAUAAACUUGCCAAGACAAUGUUAUUGGUUACAGCGGCCUUUAUUAUCACGUGGUUUCCAUUUGAAAUAUUGGUGCUUGCUGUCCACCUAUGCGUCCCAUGCCAAAGAAUACCUGUGUUAUCAGUCUACAUUAUCAAACUCUUUCAUUUUAGCAAUUCACUUAUCAACAUUGUUAUUUACCAUUUGCGGAUCCCGGAAUUUAGAGAAAACUUUUGCAAUUUCCUUCACAUAACAUGUUGCAGCUGUACUAAAUGCUUUUAUCAGACGAAUCAUCUAGAUCCGGGAAUCUCUGUUAUUUCAAUGACAACAAUAAUAGGCCCAUUUGAAUCCUUAGGGAAUAAUGAAACCGAGCAAGUUACUUCCUUAUAA